AUGUGCAGUAAGCGGUUCGGCAUACGCGAAGAGAACGUGGGCAUGGCGGCGGGUGCGCUCAUCGGCGCCUACAACCUGGCGUCGUUCGUGUCGUCCUUCAUGCUGGGCCACCUGGCCGACAAGUACGGGCGCAAGCUGAUCGUGCUGGGCGGCCUGCUCUCGGGCGCAGUCGGCACCAUCCUCUUCGGCUUCUCGCCCAACUUCGCCCUCGCCUUCGCCUCUCGGCUCCUCGCCGGAUUCUUCAACGCCAACAUCGCCGUCACAAGAGCUGUGUGUGCGGAUGUUACGGAGGGUCAGGCCCGUAUCCUCGCCUUCGCCUACACCGCGGCCUGCUUCAACCUCUCCCGAAGUCUGUCCAGUGGCAUUGGCGGAGCGUUCACCAUCAUCGACUUCUCGGGUGUGCCCAUGCUGGCCGACAACCCAUUCCUCUUCCCCUGUCUUGUCGGAGGCGCGUUCAACUUCGUCUCGCUGUUGACGGUGAUUUUCUUCCUGCCCGAGACCAGCAAGAGAGUGCAGGAGCACCAGCAGGGCAAGAGCAAGCAGUCCCUGCGCGAGGGCCUCAAGUCCUUCAAGGACUGGCUCAUGACCAAGCUCAUCUUCACCUACAGCAUCGGCUCCUUUUGCAACGGCGGCCUGCUCGUCGCCAUGGUCCUCUUCUACUCGCUCCAGGUCGAGCAUAGAGGUCUGGGCUUCGACCCGCUGCUCAACGGGCUGGCCUUCGCUCUCUUCUCCACCACCGGCUUCUUCUUUCAGAUCUUUGCCUUCGAGCGGAUGCUGAGGUGGCUCGGCGUUGUCAACCUGUACCUGCUCAGCUCACUUCUGCUGUGCCUGGGAGUCUUGCUUCUCCCCUGUGUCACCUUCAUCUACUGGGGCCUGGGCGUGAGUACGGUGUCAACGGUGCUGGUGUGGAUCGCGCUGGCGGUGAUCGUUUGCUGCUUGCUCGCCACGGGCUUCAUGUGCUUCCUCUCCACCUUGGGCGCCAUGGUGAGCAACGCCUGCGAGGACAGCAUCCAGGGGCUUACCAUGGGCAUGAACCAGAGCGUCUCCUCCCUCCUUCGGGCGCUGGGUCCGUUCGUGGUGGGAAUGGUGUUCUCGGCGGGCGUGGCGAUCAAGUUCCCCUUCUUCGGCUUCUGGAUCCUGGGCGUGCUCUACUUCUGCUGCUUCCUCUUCCUGUUUUGGCUGAGCCCGCUCGAGCGGUUCCGCGUGGGCGACACGUCCGCGGCCCUGGCCGACCUCAAGUCCAAGGCCGCGCAGGGCGAGGCCGAGAACCGGCCACUCCUCAAGACCGUCACCUCCGGCGAACGAUGA